CCUUCGUCAACAGCUCUAUUGAUGACUCUAACACCAAUGCUACGAUACCUAUAAAGAUUAACGAAUUAGCUACAUAUCGACUUUCCAGUUAAUAAAAUGGAAGAGACAGGACCAGCAGGAGAGGAUGCAUUUGAGUCCUUGGAGGAGUUCCAGAUGGUCCUCAAUGAGCUGGUCGGGGACAAGAGUAUGGACAAGGUCCGGGUGGAGUACGAGAAGUUAAUCCGCGCGCUGAAGAAGUCCAGAGAGAAUGAGAAGAGGCUAAUGUCUAAAUGCAGGGAGCUGAAUGCAGAGAUUGUGUCCACCUCGACUAAAGUCGCAGCCGCCCUGAAACUGUCCCAGGAAGAUGAGACAACAAUAGCUUCACUAAAGAGGGAGCUGGAUAAAGCCUGGAAAAUGGUUGACGCUGCUCAUGAUAAAGAGAAGAGGGACAAAGAGACCAUUAGGAACUUAAACGAAGAAGUUGCCAACCUAAUCAAAACGGCCGAACAACAAACUGGCUUUUCUAUGAACCAAGAUCAAAGUGAUCUACUAAAAAUGAAUGAGGAGUUAACUAAGGAGAGGGAUCAGCUGCUGACAAACGUGGAGGGUCUGAGAGAAAAACUGAACAAGGCCACCGCAGUCCAGCAGGAUAUAGAGGCCCAGCGAGACACUGCCUUAGAGAAUAUUUCUCAGCUCCAGCAGGAGCUCCAGGUACAACAGAAUGAGAUUUCCCGGGAGAUGAGGUUGAAGGAAAAGCUGGACAAGGAGGUGAAGCAGCUGCAUAUUGACAUGGAGGCCAAGAUGGGGGACGUCAAAGCUUUGAAUCUGCAGGGCCAAAGGGCCAAAGAGGAGCAGCAGAGACUGGAGCAGCAGCUGAAAGAGCUCAAGAUCUUGAAUGAGCGAUCCAGCAAGGAGCUGGAGCAGAUGCAAGUGAAGAACACCAAACUGCAGCAGGAGUGUGAGCAGCUCUCAUCAGUCAAAGAACGUCUCUCUCUGGAAAAUCAGCAGGGCGCAAAUGAGCUCAAGAUGAGAGAAGAGGAAGUGAACCAGAUGCGUCAGGAGAUUGCCAAACAAACAAAGAUGAGAGAGACCAUCCAGAAGAGGUUCCACCAGAUGGAGGAGCAGAAAGCCGAUGUGGAUGUGCAGAAGGAGACACUCAAGGCUCAGAUUGCUGGUCUGGAGAAAGAUCUUGAAUCUUCCCAAAAGCAAGUUGAAGCUGACAGGAAAGCCAUAGAUGAGCUGAUCCGAGAGAGAGACAUCUUAAAUAAGAACAUGAUCAAAGCUUCACAGUCAACUGAGAAACAGCAGAACCUUGUGAAGCUCCUUGAGCAGGACAAGAAGACCUUGGAGCACGAGAUCAAUGGCUACCGCCAGGAGGCCCAAAAGCAACGCAAGAUCAUCCAACAGCUGGAAAAAGAACGUGACCGCUAUAUCAACGAGACCAGCAACCUCAUGCAGAAGGUGCAACAAAAAAUGAGUGAUGUCGAAGUAAGAGAGAUGGAGAUAUUUGACUGGAGGAAGAAGGUCUCAGAAGCUGAGUGCAAGCUCAAACAGCAAGAGAACCUGCUGGAGUCCAUUGUGUCUGAAAGGAACCUCUACAGCAAGAACCUCAUCGAGGCUCAGGAAGAGAUUACAGAAAUGAAGAGGAAGAUGAAGACCAUGAACAACCAAGUCACCCGACUGAGAGAUGAGAUCACUGGGAAGGAGCUUGCCCUGGCCAAGGAUCAGCAGGAACACAAGCGCUUAGAGAAGGAUAACGAGGCCAUCAAGGGGGAGCUGCAGGUGGUGAAGCUCCAGCUUGAGGAAACAAAGCAACGUGUUGACAGUCAGAAAGCAGAACAGCAAAAACUGCAGAAGGUCAUAGCCGACGCUGACGCUGAGCAGAUCCAACAGAAGAAGCAACUGGAACAGGUGAUCAGAGAGCGGGACAACCUGGGCAAACAGCUGCUACGCCGGAAUGAUGAGCGUGCACUGCUGUAUGAGAAGAUCAGGAUCCAGCAAUCAAUCCUGAGCAAGGGGGACUUCCACUACAACCAGAGGAUGGAAGACAUCUGCCUGCUCAAGCUGGAGGUCAAGAGGCUCCGGCGCAAGAAAAGCAUCCUGGACAAGACUGUGCCCAACACAGAGGACCUGAGGCGAGAGCUGUUCCACCUCCAGAGGGAGCUGCUGAGAGAGAGGACGAGGAGCAGCGUCCUUGAGGAACAGCUGAAGCCCAUAAAUAUUCACCGCUGGAGACGACUGGAGGGCAGUGACCCCAGCAAAUAUGAACUCAUCCAGAAGAUUCAGUCCCUGCAGAAACGACUGAUUGCCAAGACCCAAGAGCUUGAGGAGCGCGAACUCCUAUUACAGGAAAAGGAGAAGCUGUAUGUGGAGCUGAAGCACAUUCUGGCCCGGCAGCCGGGUCCAGAAGCAGCCGAGCAGCUCCAGCGGUGCCAGUGGACCCUCAGAGAGAGAACUAAAAAGCUCAAGGCGUUGAUAGCAGAGCUGAGAAUGCUCGACUCCAAGAUGAAUGAGUACAAAAGUGAAAAUCAAAGCUUAGCUAAUGAGCUGGCAAACAUUAAGAAGAAAUACCUCUUUCAGAAGAAGCUUCACAGUGAGCAGAGGACCAAGACCAAGGUGGAGCACCUGGAACCUCUGCCCCAGCUGAGCAGCAAACCUCACUUCACUGGAGGAGGCUUCAGGAUCGACAAUCCUGUGAGAAGAUAAUGGCUCUUUUAAGGGAAAUAUUUAUAAUCCAUUCAGAAAUACCUAUUACCACAUAACUUGACAAAGGUCAAAGGUUUUCAAACACCCUGUAUUUUACCACUAAACAAUCAAUCACCAAAUAAUGAUCAUUAAGGCUAAUUUCAUUUGUGCAAACAGAAGGGUGUCUGACACAGGACUGCUGUCAUGUUCUAGGAAAUAUUUUUGAUCAGUAUAUACAUUAUUAAUCUUGAACAACACAUUAAAUCCCUAUCAUGUUCUCUUUCUUUCCAGCUUAGAGCAUUUUCAAAAUCAGUCUGUUGUCUCUCACUACUGAAUGUUCAACAAUCAGUCUCUCUCAUCCCAAGCAGUGUACAGUAACUCUGCAUCACAAUCAAAAAAUGGUAAAGCACAAAAGGAAACCUCAAAGCUGUUUUUUUUCCUGUACCUUCUAUUAAGUACAAGUACUAAUGUGUUGACACGCAUCGUCAAACAGUCAUUGUAUGGUAAUGUAUAAUUAGGCAUCUUAGGCAUAUGAUUGGCUCUAAGUGGGAGGAAGGAGGGCUAAUCAAACAAAAGUGCAAACAUUUGCAAGGAACCUUCCUGUCUUUUGAGGUCUAAACUACACUGUAAUUCAAUAAGUGAACUAAAAAAGAUUGUUGAAAUGGAUUACAUCAGUUGUUCAUCAAGAAUUCUUGAUGAAGCAGCUUCAUUUGUGACACUGAUUUAGUUUGUAUGUUAAAAAAAUAAUUCCUGAUUUUACUUAAAAAUUCUUGAUGUCAUCAGUUUCAACAUUUUGGGGUUUCUACAGUGUAGGCUGUUUAAACAGUGCUACAGAAGAACAUCAUUUAGCAUUGUGCUGUAAAAAUACACACCCAGCAGCAACAGGUUCCUUCCCAACAAAUUCCACAUGACUCAAUAUUCAAUAUGCAGGACCACAUUUUCUCAAAUGAGAGGAGUCACCAUGUAAAGCACGUACUGCAUGUGUCUUAUGCCUGUUAAGUAAUGGGCCUGUGGGAAGGAAACUGUAUUUAUAAAAGCAAGCUCAUUCUGCAGAAAAGAUAUUGCUGAGCAGACAUACUGUCAAAAGCAGGGCUGGACUGGGACAAAAAAUCGGCCCGGGCAUUUUGAGCUGGCCCACCAGGUAUUGAUGGACGGCCACCUCCGCCAUCAUUACCUGCGGCUGCUUCGGAUGCUGCUGCUGCUGAAGAUGAAGCUAGCCACCAGCAAACAUCUGUGUUAUUUUAACACAUUUGGCAGCAUCUGCCUGAAGGGCUUGUCUCUUUUUAGCUCUAAUUUUUUCCGCGCCUCCUUUCCGCUUCUUGCUGUUCUCCAUUUUCGUGAUCUCCUCUCUCCCUGUAUGAUUAAUUGAUUGACAGCUGAGGCCCAAGAGGGAGGGGGCAUUGGCCCUCGGCUGUAAUUGGUCCAGCCCAGAAUCAAUCAUGACUAAUGGUCCGAUCUACCAGUUUUGUGUACCAAUAGGUAUCAUGACUAAUACCAUUACUAAUACUAGUACCAUUAGUAAAAAAAAAAAGUCCCGGCCCAAAAUCGCCAGUCCAGUGGUGGUCAAAACGAUAGAGCUGCUGGUGAUACAUAUGAUAACUCAUUACUGAACUGUAUUAAUAGGAUGUCAUGCGCAUUGUAAAAUUGUAAUGAUUCAGCAUACUGCUGUUGAAAUGUCUUCUAUUGUUGAGGUUCUAAGGCCACACCACCAGCACAGGUCUGAGGUUAAGUUGCUUUUUCAUUUGACCAUUCAACCAGUUGCUCAGCUACUCAGUUAAAUAAAUCCUACACUUCAGUUCAAUGUCCAAACAUUCAGUUUCUCACUUGAAUGCAAAAAAAAUGAAAAGAAAAAACGAGAAGAGCAUUUCUUGUUCUUCUCAAUGAAAGUGUAUUGAUCCCUGAUGCUUAUGUUUCUCCACAGAGCCAGGCUAGAUGAAGAUAUUUUAAAACCCUCUCAGAACUGGUACGGGCCUGUCACUUGCGUGUCUUUAGUUGUCUCAUUGUGUAAACUGUGUCAUUUGCUUUGUUUUUAUCAACUUAAAUCUUUUUUUUAUCAACUUUUAUCAACGUAAAGCACUUUAAGGGAACCGCAUCAGAAAGGUACACUGUGAAAAAACUUUACUUUCCUUCGUUUACCAAUAAGCACAUAUCUUAAUAUUUAAUCCAAAAAUCCUAAAACGUCCUGUUCAGAAACAUUGUGACUGCAGUAUGAAGAGAUUUAAUAAAGAGGUCAUGUUUA